GAGAAGACGAGAGUAACAAACGUGUUUUCCUCGCAGGCUUUAAGCGAGUCGGAGGCGAGAGGACGGAUCCUGCAGUACACGGUGACCUUCGAAGCCCUGGACCAGCAGAACCCCCCGGAAGAAGUGCACUUCACCACCCAAACCAGCUACAUCAGUGUCACGCCAAGGGUGGGCUACAAGAUAACAGUCACCGCCGAGAACUCAAGGGGCAGGUCCCCCCCUGCAUCCAUCGUGGCCCACCCAGGCACCCCGGACCUUCCUCCUCCUCCGCGGGACGUCUCGGCCGUAGCCAUGGGCAAUGGCAGCACCCGCCUCCAGAGGAGCCAGCGCCUGGAGCCGCAUCCUGCCUGGGUAAAGCUUCCAGCAUCCGACACGUCCGCAGUGAUAGCAGAGCACAUAAAGGAUAACGUGUGCUACCAGAUCAGCGUGUUCGCGCUCCACCGGGACAGAGCUGGACACGUGGCAUCGGUUUGGGGAUACUCAAGAGCAGAAGCGCCGUCAGCCGGGCCCCAGAUGUGUACAACACCGUGGGCAACCGGCGUCUUGGUUUCGUGGGAAGCAAUCCCUGCCCACCAGCAAAGGGGCUGCAUCACAGCGUACCACGUAUACCUGCGGAAGGAGGACGGGGAGGGAACCCCAGAUGUCUACAACGUUUCCAACACGACCGCCCCGCGCUUGUUGCACAUCACGGACCUGCAGCCCGGCCAGCGCUAUGUCCUCUGGAUGACGGCGUCAACGGCUGCGGGAGAGGGGCCCUGCGGCAACCGGGAGCUCGUCUGCUUGGAAAAUGCCGGGGUCUGGACGACCAUUGUGGUUACCUGCAGCUUCUUCAUCUUCUCAGCCUGUCUUUGUUCUGUGCCUCCGGCAAGAAAAGCGUUACACUCGCUCCUCUCCCCGCUUCUGCCGCAGUGGCAGAGCGAAGCUGUUCCAGACCCCGCCAACGCUACGUGGGCCAAGAAUGACAUCUCUCUGAAGGCGGAGCUGAGCUGGGCCUCCAGCCUGUUCCUGCACAGCGCUGGUGGCUUUGAAGAGCCCGAAACGACGCAAGUAGAAGAAGCCUUCAUGAAGACUGACCCGCUGGCCCUCCGGGACGAGCCGCUCUUGGGCAGCGCUGGCGCGCUGGCGGCGGGGGACACGGCGGAGCUGGCGUACGGGGCUCUGCCCAGCGCGGCAGACCUGGAGGUUUAUGAGCAGCAGCUUCCCGACCUCUACAAGAGGAUGGCGGUGGAGGUGACGGAGCACACGCAGACCGUGUCCGAGUACAUCGCCAACCCCGACACGGCCGCAGCCAACGCGUGCCCACCGCCGGUCACGGGCACGACUGACGACCACCCCGAAUUCCAGUGCAAUCUGCUCUCUGUCUUCCCAACAUCUUUUAUGACCCCCGUGCUUCCCUGCGAAGGGAAUCUUACCUUGGAUAGGGUGAAGAUAAACUGCAGCUCUUCCGCAAGGAGGCCCACACGCUCCCGUGCUCCCAAGUCCCAAGGCGCCAGGAACCACAGGUCCAGCCUGGUGCCAACGGGGCAGGCGCUGCCAGCCAGGCUGGGCUUUCAGGUUACCCACUUUGCCGAGGUCUGUACCUCCACCCGCACUGUGAAAACACCUCUGCAAUAG